UAGUUCCUUGCGCGCGUAGGCUGAGAAGGAGAGUCGCAUUCCUCUCCCAUGGCCUGCUCGGCUCACUCACCACACGAUGUCGGACACAGGCGUGGCGGCGUCGCCGAGCUCAAGGGCGACAAGCGGGUGGAGCGGGCCGUCGGCUGGGGAGGGGGGAGCAGAGCCUCUGCACUGCGCCCUCGGGGCCGUGGCGGAGGAGCUCCACCCGUCGGAGCUGGCAUGGGCCAGAGGGCGCGGAUCGCUGCAACGAGGCAUCGAGUUUGCCGCCGGGCGCGUCGCCCUCCGCCGAGCGCUGUCCCUCGCCGGAUCGCCGGCAUGCGGCGCUCUGCUCCCUGACGCCAGCGGUGCGCCGGAGAUGCCCGGCUGCGUCGGCGACGCCCAGCUGCUCGGCUCCAUAUCCCACACGCGCAGCUGCCGCGGCGAACCCGGCGGCGGCGAAGCCGGCGGCGGCGGCGGCGGCGGCGGGCUCGCGGUGGCACUGGUGGCGGCGGUGCGUGGCGGCGCGAGGGGGCGGGUGGGCGUCGGGGUCGACGUGGAGAGCGCCCGCCGGCGUCCUUCGGAGCGCCUCGCACGUCGUGUCCUCGCGCCGGUCGAGCGUGAGGCGUUUGAGGACGAGUCGUCGUCCCUCGGCCUCGAGCCUGCGUCCGCCGUGAUGCUGCACUUCAGCCUGAAGGAGGCGCUGUACAAGGCGAUCCACCCGCUGCUGCCCGCCACAAUCCCGUGGCACUCGAUCGCUGUCUUGCCCCAGCCCGACGGCCGCUGCGCCGUCCUCAAGGCGGACGCCUUCCGCGCGCUCGAGGCGGACGCGGGCUUGGACGUGGAGGUGCAGGCGAGCUGGGCGCAGCGCCACGGAGUGUUUGUGACGACGGCUGCCGCUUGCGCGCGACCGCUGGGCCAGCAAGUGCCGACACGACCUGAGAAAUGUGAUGAGUUCUUCUAGAAAAAAGCGAAUUACAUGUGCUGCAACAAUGUUACCAAUGGCAAUACAUGUGCUGCAACAAUGUUAUCAAUGGCAAUACAAGACUUACGGUUACGCCCACCGGCCGUACCGCGUACGACGCGCACUGAAACAGCGCGCGCCUCGUACGAUGAGUCUUGUCAUCCUCUUGAACGUUGAAGUCUUGUGUCUCUCAUUGGACAUUGAGAAGCGUCGGUC